UCCAAAGUCCAGCCGUUGGUCAGACUCACUGCCUCUCACAAGCUGCUUGAAUCGUCUCCGUGGAGGAGGAGAAGAAGAAGCAACAUGGCUCACUGGACAGCAAUGAAUAAAGAGGAGCUGGAGCGUCAGUAUUCACCCAGCCAGUGGUCGCACAGGAUGUCCGGGGACGACGUGAUCAAGGCGCAUGUCAAGGCUCUAAAAGAAGGUACCGAGCGUGCCCGAGGUCUAGCUCAAACUUUGCUCAAUGUGCCAUAUGGAGACGGACACGGGGAGAAAUUGGAUGCCUAUAUUCCCAGCACCAACACUCUUGAUCUUCCGCUUGUUAUUUACAUCCAUGGAGGUUACUGGCAGUUUCUCAGCAAAGAGGAGUCGGGUUUCAUGGCAGUCCCCCUGAUAGACAAAGGUGUUGUGGUGGUGGCUGUUGGAUAUGACAUUGCCCCGAAAGGUAACAUGGAUCUGAUGGUUUCUCAAGUGAGGAAAAGUGUUGUUUCAGUUGUUCAGCAGUAUUCCCAUAUCAGUGGUCUGUAUCUGUGUGGUCACUCUGCGGGAGCUCACUUGGCAGCCAUGGUCCUCUCCACAGACUGGUCACAGUACAGCAUCACCCCCCAAAUUAGAGGUGCUUUUCUGGUCAGCGGUAUUUAUGACCUUCUCCCCAUCCUGUCUACCUACGUGAACGAGCCAUUGAAAAUGACUGAGGAUGUGGCGCUGCGGAACAGUCCCAGCUCCCUGGUCCCUCAGCUCAAACUCUCCUCCUCUGACUGUCAGAUUGUCGUGGCUGUCGCUCAAAAUGACUCACCUGAGUUUCGCAAACAGUCAGAAGACUACUUUAAAGCUCUGCAGGCCUCUGGACUGAAAGUCACCAUGGAAGAUGUUCCCAACACGGACCACUUCAACAUUAUCGAACAACUAGUAGACGGAGAGUAUCAUCUGACAAAGCUACUGCUGAAGAUGAUGGGAAAGAGCUGAGGAAGCCACCGGGGACUGCUGUUGAAUCACACUCACUGUGACACGGUUUAGUUAAUAUCUUGUUGAAACUUUUAAUGAAUUAAAAAGGUUCUUGCGCUAUAAUAAGUCACUUUAUUAAUUCAGAAUGUAGCAACAUAAAAGUUCAGGGAUGCAACAGGGUAAGUGGCAUGUUGGUUACUUUUAAUGUAGCAGUAUCUAGUCUUGUUUUGUUUUUAAUUUAAUUUAAUUUUUGAAAUCACUAUGUAAAUCAAUAUUCCAUGAUGGGAAAACUAUGUAGCAUGACAAUUUAUAUGUAUAUGUAUGUGCUUUUAAUUGAAUAUACACUGCCUGGCCAAAAAAAGGGUCAUACACUCUAAUAUUUCAUUGGGCCGCCUUUAGCUUUGAAAACAGCACGCAUUCGCUGUGGCAUUGUUUCGAUAAGCUUCUGCAAUGUCACAAGAUUUAUUUCCAUCCAGUGUUGCAUGAAUUUUUCACCAAGAUCUUGCAUUGAUGAUGGUAGAGUCUGACCGCUGCGCAAAGCCUUCUCCAGCACAUCCCAAAGAUUCUCAAUGGGGUUCAGGUCUGGACUCUGUGGUGGCCAGUCCAUGUGUGGAAAUGAUGUCUCAUGCUCCCUGAACCAGUCUUUCACAAUUUGAGCCCGAUGAAUCCUGGCAUUGUCAUCUUGGAAUAUGCCCGUGCCACCAGGGAAGAAAAAAAAUCCAUUGAUGGAAUAACCUGGUCAUUCAGUAUAUUCAGAUUGUCAGCUGACCUCAUUCUUUGAGCACAUAAUGUUGCUGAUCCUCGACCUGACCAACUGCAGCAACCCCCUACCUAUUUGCUUAGUUAAAUCCAGGUGGCGAGUUUUUUUUGGCCAGGCAUUGUGUCUACUUGUUACAUUUAGAGACACUGUAUUAAUGGCAAUUUGCGCACAUGGUUACUGAUUCUCUUGUAUUUUUGCACUGGUUUGUUGUUUAUAUUGUGUCAUAACUGUAAAAAUUAAAGACAAUCUACUCAAUAAAUGCUAU